UCUGUGUAGAGAGAGAGAGAAGACUUCGUAGGGUCUUCAGAAUCUCCGUUCUCCGAUCCUUCACCAGAAACGGCGAGUAGAGUAGGAUUUUUGGAUAGGGUUGGGGUUUCGAGGCAAUUUUAUCAGGGUUUCGUCGUUGGAGGAAUCGAAUCAGAUUUGCCAGGGAAAUUGAAGUUGAGACGUUGGGACUGCAGUGUUUUUGUCCUAUUUUAGGGUUUGGAAAGACCUUUGUUUCGAUCUCUUUGGUUUUGUGUUCUGUGUGGUUGGGAGUUUGAUGGUUCAGCCAAUGAAUUCCGGUGAUAUCCGACCGGAAUCUGAGGCGUCAUGUCGGAAUAAGUUGCCGGUGAAGUUGGAAAUUCAAGACACUUUAGACGAAGAACACGGUCCGCUCGAGAAGAAGCCUAAGAUCCCCCCGCCUAACCAGCAGCAAUGGAGCUCGGGAAGCAGCGCGUGUCCAAUCCCUCCAUCACAAUAUAAUCCACUUGAUGAGCCAAGCCCAUUGGGGUUACGGCUGAAGAAGAGUCCGUCGCUUUUGGAUUUGAUUCAAAUGAAGCUCUCUCAGGGAAAUGCUCAUACAUUAGGAGAUGGACCAAGUGAACAUCUUGAAUUGGAUAAAAAGAUGGACUCUAAGGGCCCAGCUUCAGGUGCCACUGAUAAGCUGAAGGCUUCCAACUUUCCAGCGUCACUUCUGAGAAUUGGGACUUGGGAGUGUGUUUCGAGAUAUGAAGGCGAUUUAGUGGCAAAGUGUUACUUUGCCAAGCACAAACUUGUAUGGGAGGUUCUUGAAGGAGGUCUCAAGAGUAAAAUAGAAAUCCAAUGGUCAGAUAUCAUGGCUCUGAAGGCAAAUUGCCCUGACAAUGGACCUGGAACUUUAGAUAUAUUGCUCGCCAGGCAGCCUCUUUUCUUUAAGGAGACUAAUCCACAGCCAAGGAAGCACACCUUGUGGCAGGCAACUUCAGACUUCACUGGUGGACAGGCAAGCCUACACAGGCGACAUUUUCUGCAGGUGCCACAGGGGUUGUUAAAUAAGCAUUUUGAAAAGCUUAUCCAGUGUGAUCUCCGAUUAAACUUGCUGAGUCAACAACCGGAGAUAGUAUUAGAUUCUCCAUUUUUUGAAACAAGAGGUUCUGUUUUUGAGGAUCGACAUGAAAACAAAUGCCAUGGUUUUGAUGCUUUGAACAGUGAUUAUGCAACCCGGUUCUCUGCUCUCCGGGACACACCAUCUCCAUCUGCUGUUCAAUCUUCUGUGAAGAGUGAACUACUUGAUACUGUUAGAAGAACACCAGAGCAUUUAUCCAGGGAAACACCUUCCCCCAGCUCAGUGAUGGAUGCCCAUGCAAUUGAAGAAAACAGCAGCGGUCAGGCUGAAGAAUCAAGGGAGAUAAUCCAGUGGGAUCAGAUCAAAGUGCCUGGAAUACAUCCGUCAAUGUCAAUGACUGACCUGGUGAACCACAUCGGCAAUUGCUUAUCUGAACAGAUGACAUCUGGAAAUUCACUUUUCUCUGAUGAAGAAUUGCAAAACAGGGAUGUGCUCGAGGAGAUUGCACAAUGCCUACUUGGUGAUUCUCAGCUUGCAUCAGGUUCUGAUGAUCAAUCCCUAAUGUCAAGAGUCAAUUCUCAAUCCCUCAUAUCUAGAGUCGAUUCUUUUUGCUGUCUGCUACAGAAGGAUCCUGCGUUUGCUCAGAACAAUCAAGGUAAUGAUGACUUAGAUGGGCCUGAUGAUGGCAAAGAUGGUCAACCUAUUUCAGUCCCUGACUCGACCUGCGAGAACAAGGUUCUCGGUGAUGAUACUCCAGCGACCAAGGGUGAGUCCAAUGAUGUCUCUGGAUGCAAGCAGCAACCAUCUAUAUCAAGGAAGGACUCGGUUGGUGAUCUGCUGCUUAAUCUACCCCGCAUCGCAUCUCUGCCACAGUUCUUGUUCCAUAUCUCAGAGGAUGGAGAAAAUCAAGCUAGAUAGCGAUCUUUAAUCCCACCGUGGACCAUACUUCGUUAUGUAAAAGAUGUAUUGGAGGCUUCAUUUUCUCUCCCGGAAAUGGAAAUAUGCAUGUAGCCCAUCAUAGUUCUAGGAUUCGGAGAUUUAUUUUGAUGAUGAAUCCUGAUUUCUCUAGGGAGCUAGUUGUUAGCAGUAGACUAGUAGUUCCAUUUUAGUUUGUUUCUGCAUGUUCAUGUAUAAUAAUAAAUCAGGGUUCUCAACUUCCCAUUGUAACAAUUGUGUAUCUGCCCUUAGAACUUUAACUGAAAAUUUCUUUUUGUGGUUUACCA